AUGUGCCCACCUAUAGUCGGACAUACUAUUAAAGUAAAUUGCAAUUUCAAAGGAAAAGGAAUAUCCUGUGACGAAUAUGUUGAGCCUGGAACUACAGCUAAAAUAACUUGUGCAGUUAUGUACGAACUACCGCAAAAUACGCUUGUUCAUGAAGAUUUAAUUUGUCAAUUAGAUGGAAAUUGGGAUUAUUCAGCAUUCACUUGUGAACAAACUUGUGGUACAAUUGAAACAAAAACUGCAUUUAGUUUAAAAAGUCAAAUAACUAAAAUUCAUAAAGUUCCUUGGCAUACUGCAAUUUAUUGGAAAAACGAAACAGGAAAAUUCGAACAGUUAUGCGGUGGUACAAUAAUUUAUCCCAACGUAAUUAUAAGUGCGGCACAUUGUUUUUGGAAUACACAAACAUCAAGUUUAAACAAUGAAUCUGAUUAUAUUGUUGCUGCUGGAAAGUUUUAUCGUGAUUUUUAUGCGAAGAAUGAACCUGAAAAUGUACAAAUUAGAACUAUUCAACAAAUAAAUACAGCUAUUCAAUUUUCAGGAUCAGAUUAUGAUUAUUUGGGUGACAUAGCAGUUCUAUUAUUACAUGAUCAUAUUGAGUUUAAAUCUCAUAUUAGGCCUGCUUGUGUAACAUGGAAAAAUUAUAAUGAUAGAUUUAUUUCGAGUAAUGUUCCUGGAAUUGUAGCUGGCUGGGGAAUUACUGAAAGUGGAGCCAACAGUGAAGAAUUACGCUCAGUAGAGUUAUUAUCAUUAGAUGGUGAAAGCUGUAAAUUAAGAGUUUCAAAAUUUAAUAAAAUUUCUAAUGAUAAAUUUUGUGUUGAAACAAGUGAAGGAAAAAAUGUUUGUUCAGGUGAUAGUGGAGGCGGUUUUUUAGUUCCCGUACCUAUUAAUGGAACAAUUUACUAUCAUUUAUGGGGUAUUGUUAGUAAUGGUUUCAAAAAUCAAAAUGAUAAUGUACAUAUUUGUAAUUCAAAAUUUACUACAAAUUUUGUAAACAUACAAUAUUACAAAGAUUUAGUCACACAAUCUGUUAAAAAUUUUUCAUUAGUUACACAUAAUAAUUCUGGUUGCCUUAUACCAACAAAACGUUAUCUUAUUUUAACGGAUAGUCAAUCUGAAACCAUACUAGAGCCGGGAACAUAUAUCAAAUCAUUAACAUCUGUUAAAUAUGCUUGCAAGGAGAAUGCAUUAUUGGAAGGUGAAAGUCAUACUAAUUUAUGUGAUGGAAAUUGGGUACAACCUCACCCCAAAUGUAUAAAGCUGUGUCCACCAAUUAAAGCAUUUAAUAUGAAUGUUCUUUGUUAUAAAAAAAGAAUCGGAGUUUCCUGUAAUAAACCCGUUCAACCAGGUACCGUAGCUAAAAUAAGUUGUGCAUUUAUAUGGUAUUUGGAGUUAUUCGAAAUUCAAAUGUGA